UAACCGGUUUGGAAAUGAACGUGGCUUAGCUCGAUGCAAGUCUUCAAAAGUUGGAAUCACAGACAAAGAAAAAUAGUUUGUAUUCAGUUGCGGUACAGUGCAGAAGAACGGUGACAAAACGCUCCGAUUUAUUAUUGCAACAUUUAAGGCUGUGAAUAUUAGUGAAGAAAAUCAAAAAACCAAAACUUUUUGAAAAUGAAACAGAAAUUUAUGAAUUUGGCGCUAGGUACCCUAACACUAUUUGUUGCAGCAGAAAGUGCAUUCCAAUGCCCCAAACCCGAGGGCCAGUUCCCCGAUGAUAUCCAAUGUGACAAGUACUACCAAUGUGAUGACGAUGUGGCGAAAGAGAAACUUUGUCCAGAUGGCUUGGUAUUCGAUCCUCUUAACAGACAUAUUAAUAAGUGCGAUCAGCCGUUCAACGUGGACUGUGGUGAUCGAACUGAACUGCAAGAACCGAAAUCUACGAAAUUUUGUCCCAGAAAACACGGAUUUUUCGCACAUCCUGACUCUUCCGUGUGUGAUAUUUUCUACAACUGUAUUGAUGGGGAUGCAUUGGAAAUGAAGUGUACGGUUGGCUUACACUUUGAUGAAUUUGGUGGAACGUGCGUUUGGCCGGAUACUGCUAAGCGCGAGGGUUGUGAAGCCCCACAAAGUAAGUGAAAAAUUAAAAAUAUU